CGACACUCGAAUUAUUGGCAAAACACUAAACUAUGUUUCAAAGAAGCAAUAAGAAAUCUAAUGGCUUGAAUGCCGUGAUGUGAAUUGACGUGGAAGUAACGUCCUGACGUCCAUCUCUGCUUCUCUAUAUAAAGAUUACACUAAAAAAAUUAGUCAGAUUGAGUUUAAACUUAACACAAGAUAAACAUUUUUGCUAAAGAAAGCAUCAUGAAUAAUACGUUUACGGCCAUAUUCUCAUUUUGGAUUUUCUGGAUAAUGACAUGCGAUGCUGGCCCUUCAAGUGCUAGAUGUAAGCUAAAAAAAUAUUCACACAAAGCCAUUCAAAUGGAUCUGAAUGGUCUUCGAUGUUGGGAUGACGUUAAGAUAAUGUCAUGUUGGGGUUAUUGCCUAUCUUACGAGAUAUCUCACUGGCAGUUUCCGUAUAAGGAAUCUCAUCAUCCUGUGUGCGUUCACGGUGAACGAAAACAUGCUUCUCUGAAAUUACGUCACUGCGACCCAGGAGUAGAACCAGGGACCGAAGUGUAUCAUUAUGUAGAAGCCGCUAGCUGCAAAUGUCAGGUUUGCUCUUCAGAAGACACCAGUUGUGAGUGGCUCCCACCAGAUUCUACCAUAGUCGACGGCUUGAUAAGAGAGCAAUUACUGGAAGACAUGGAAUGAAUUGAUCCCCUCUAAUUAAGGAAAGUUACACUUUAACAAUGUGAUUUUAAGGGUGAAUAUUAUGCUUUA